AUGUAUUCCCCAACCUCACUCUCCCCUGCAUCGUCGCCCACCCGUACAGGGCCAUUACGUACCCCGCAUAAGACGGCAAUACCCCAUGGCUUCCGCCCUGCGCCAAAGCCGAAACGACCGCCCAUCAGCGAAAUGUCCGUCCGUGAAUUAGAGGAUCUACAAGCCUCCAACGCGCGCCUUCUCUCCUCGAGGGCAGCAUCAAGCUCGAAAGACCCAUGGGUGAAGAGAGUCAACGUAGAACAGACAGCCGUCACGCUGCGGCUGAACGAAAUCCGAGAUAUGAACACCAUUAACACCGGCCUGCGUAACACUGUUAUCAUCGGCGAAGACGACAUGAGUGUAGAGCCACCCCCAGAGCCGUAUACCAAUCCGAUGCUUGAGGCCAAGCGUAAAGCAUUGUCCCGUUUUGCGCCAGCAAACGAAGGCAAUGGCAUUGGGUCCCUAAACAUGCAAGAGGCGAUUGAGUUGGAGCAGGCAGCUCACAGGGCUGACAAGGAACGACAAGAGCGGAUGCUCGAGAAGCGGCAACGAAGAGGAAUGCCUCUUCCAGGAGAGGAACUGACUCGACAAGAGAGGGAGGCUCGAAUAUGGGCAUUCAUGAACCAUAAACCAACUGAAUCAGACUUGGAAGACGACAGCGAAGACGAGUACGACGACGACCCAGCCAACUGGUUCUCAGACGAGGAAGAUGACGGUCGCAAGGGCCAGCUAAUUGUUGAGCCAGACGAAGAAGAUAUGCUUAGUUCGGUCAUUCGAGUCGACGAGAGCAAAAUUCCCAGCCAUUACAGCGUGUUCUACGAGCCCCGCGACAACUAG